UGCAUUAAAAGUGAUUGGGUGAACCCGUGUCACGUGAGCGUCCUUCGACACAAGUUUCCACGACAGCUGAGUAGCAGCUAAAUGCGUUUUUUCACCUGUAACAUUGAUCCUUUUCAACUCGUCAGUCGAAGUUUCUUAAAAUGGGAGACAAGAAGAGCCCCACAAGGCCAAAGCGGCAAUCCAAGCCCUCCGCCGACGAUGGGUACUGGGACUGUAGCGUGUGCACAUUCAGGAACAGCGCUGAGGCGUUCAAGUGCUUGAUGUGUGAUGUCAGGAAGGGGACGUCAACUCGAAAACCAAGGCCUGUUUCUCAGCUGGUUGCACAGCAAGUAAAUCAGCAGUUUGCACCACCCACACACCCCAAAAAGGAGAAGAAAGAAAAAUCAGAGAAAGACAAGAGUGAUAAAGAACCAACACUGAAAAAGAAAAACUAUAAAAAGAUGAGGCCCAGGUUAAAAAACAUAGACCGGAGCAGCGCCCAGCAUCUAGAGGUCACAGUUGGAGACUUGACUGUAAUAAUCACAGACUUUAAGGAGAAAGCUAAACCCAUGUCCACUUCAACAAGUGCUGCCUCAGCAGACCAACACAGUCAAAGUGGCUCGAGCUCUGAUAACACUGAACGAGGCGUCUCCAGAUGCUCUUCGCCCCACGGGGAAGGCUCGUCGGUUAAUGGAGAGACUCACUAACUUUCCCAGUCAGCACAACCUGUUCUUCUGCACUCUCAACAGCCUCAACCAGAGAUUAAACUUCAACAUGCACGUUUUUUUGUUUUUUUUAAUAAUACUGUAAACGCCAAUAUGAUAGCAUUCACUUCCAUUCGGGGGUUGUAUUUUUCACUGCCUUCCCAUGAUGAUAAAGAUUUCAGGAGUCAGGACGUGUGCUGUAUGCUGCUCAAUUCAAAGAACUGUCGCAGCAACAUCUAUCAUGAUGAACUGAAAAGAGGAACUGUAGCAUUAAAUCCCGGAUGUCUGUGGAACUGUGCCACGUGUUGUGGUGACUUGCGUUUUAACACCACAGUGUUACAUCAGCAUCACUGUGGUCGGUGCUGCACAGUAUAAAUGAUGCAUUAUGAAAGAAAAUAUGAAAAAGUCAUCUCAGAAUUGUAGUUUAUCCUUGAAUUUUGUUAUCAUUAUUUGCACUUAAUGGCAUCCUAUGUUAUUCAUGUUAACAUUUUUUGCAUAAUUUCCACUUUAUCAGUAAAUCAUAACACUGUUGGUUACUGGCCUUACCCAGGUCUCAUUUAAUGCCAUUGGAUGCCAUUAAUUGUUUUACUGUCUAAAAUUUGAGUAAAAAUAUGAAAUAAUUAUUCUAAGUAUGCUUCUCCUUCACUUGGUAGAGUUAAGCAUGUUUUAAUCUAUAGAAUGGUUUAUAUUGUAAAAUAAUGUUAAAUAAAAAAAGUUGUAGAUACAUGGA